UCCCAGCGCAAGAAGACUCUCUCUCUCUCUCUCUCUGUCUCUCUGCCCUGUAAAAUGAAGACCCUCAUCUUCAUGUUUCUGCUCCUGCUGCUGGGAAUCUUCAUCCAUGAGAGUGACGGACAGUAUAACUUUGGAGACAUACUGUCUGUCAAGCGUCCCAUCUCGUGUCUGUGCCCGAUCCUGAACCUCUAUAAACACUUUGCAGUUUAUGUGGGAAACGAGAAAUUCCCCGGCAAAAAGCCGGGUCAGAACAUUUUCCACUUCACGGGUCCCAAAAAAGAUCAAGCAGAAUGUAUUUUUGGAAGACUGGAGGAUGACAAGGGUACAUUCGAGCGGGACAAUUACCUGGAUGCGGAUUUGCAACCCAAAACCCCAGCACAGAUGCGUGAAAGUAUCCUCGCUCUGCACAGAAACUGUGGCAGGUAUCGACUCCCGUCCAACAACUGUGAACACCUCGCCACCGACGUGCGCUACGGAGAGCGACACUUACAACAGAGGCGUACACUCGCCGGUUGGGUGUGCUGGGCACUAGGGAUUAGCAGACGCCGACGCCGGGACGAGGAGAAGACCUUUCCUGUUGAAUACAUGUAUGUUUCCUGUGAGAUGCUGUGCCCCGCUGCAAGAAACAGUAAGGCUGGCUGAACCCCUGAAACCCAGUCCUGACCUGAACCUUUGCUCUCUUCUCUAACUUAAAUAAUAAAAUAAAUGAGCAAGA